AGAACCAAAAUCUCACAAAUCACAAAGCAUCUAACAGCACCUAUUUCCAUUCUCUCCCGCAACCUCCCCCCCCCCCCCCAACUAUCCAUCCUUUUUCAUAUGCAGGAUUAUAGGCGCUCGGCUAUGGCAGGAUCACAUCCUGGCUCGACGGAGCGUCAUCGACAAUCUCCUGGGCGCCAAGAUGACGCUCCCUCCUCCAUCAUGACCUCCGACUCGCUCCACGAGGCACAAACGUUGGAGGAUUACUCUAGAAUUAUGCACCGGCAUACACAGCGGCAGAACGAAAGGCUUCCAUCAGUAGUUGGCCAAGACGGCAGCGAUCGAAACGGGGACACUGGCCGCUCGCCGCGGGUCAGUCAACACAACAAAGAACAGUCAAAUCUGUCAUCUUGAUAGGCGGGGGAACCAUUAAAUUUGAAAUUACGGAAAGAAGAAAACGUCCCAUCCGGGAGAUGAUGGCAUUGGAUAUGUCUUCAUCAAUUUAUUUGGGCAUGCUUUUUCUUUACCUUCAUACAUCACGCACAUUGACGUCUUCGUUUGCAUGUCAUCGCUGUCUUUUACCCUACCUAGGGAAUGCUCGAUUUCUAAAGGGCUUCAAAACGCGUUAGCCCUCUGCACCUAGUCCCAUCCAACAUUGGUAGAUGGAGCAAUGUGUACAAGGUAUUGGUUACGCGCACAUGAGAUUGCGUUGCAGAUCUAUGACCAACUUCGUCCGCUUUCUUUUCUUUCUUUCUUUUUCCUUUUUCCUUUUUUUUUUUUUUUUUUUUUUUU